AUCCACUCUCUGACUGUGAAAUCUGGAAAAAAGAUUGCAGAAGUGUGACAUUCACCCAAGAAGGGUGACUGCUAAACCUAUUGGAAAAUUCCCGGAGUGUUGCAGUUUUGGGGUGAAAAUUUCACAAGAUCGCUUUGUUUCUCUGUGCAGCUCUUGAAGUUAGCAGAAGUUCAUUGAACUUCCUUGGUCUGGUCCCUGGCAUCGCACAGAAUUUAUGCACAUGCUUAAUUUUGAGCACGCUAGCAGCUCCGUUGGAUUCAUUGCUUUUGGAACAUGCAGUUCCUACUCUAGAGCUUUGCAGGCAGAGGUACCUACAAAUGUAGAGGUGGCUGUUGAAAUCCAAGUAAUGGAUGGUUCAUGAAAAGCAAGCAGGAGCUGCUCUUUAGCUGUACAUCACAGUAGGCUCUAAGCUGUAAAGACCUGAAAUAUUCAUUUCCCUUUGGGGAAGAUGCCAUUUAUGAUAACCAAAAUAUUAGUUCACACUUUAUCAAAACAGGGGAAGCAAGUAUUUAACCUUCAACACCCCCCGCACCACCCCCGGUGACUAAAUUAAUGCUUUUCUGCAGAACAGAUGUGGCAAUGUACAAGAUUCUCCACCACGCUUCUCUCCUUCCACACAGGGGAAAUCUUAGAGGAAAAAGAAAAAAAAUCUUUUGCAUUUUUUUAACCUCUUGGGGUAAAAUCCUGGCCUGGCGGGGGCAUUGCCAUUGGUGAGUCAUGUGCAUGACUGCAGCGUUUGCUCUGUGGAGAUGGUCGCUGAGGCUGGCACUGGCAGGGUUAUUUUCUGUGUCGCACAGUCCUGCACAGGUAGGAGACAGCCUGUGGCUCCGCCGAGGAUUUCCAGCACGCCGAAGCGAUGCCCGCGGGCUGGAGGCCUCUCAGCUCUUGGCUCCAUGCUGUCUCCUCCCUCGCUGGCCCCGGGACUUUUGGGGCAGUUUCUGUGGUUGGGCUGGACGGUCGCUCCGCCAGGAACGGCUCGUGGCUGGUGUUGGGGGCAUUUCCCUGGUGCCCCUCUGCUUGCGCUGGGGAAGGGAGCUGGCUUUUCUGCUUUCUGUGUGAAAGCAGGUGUGCAAGGGUCAUCCUCGCAGGUGGACAACGGCACACGGGCCCUGGAGGCCUGGUUUUGGAUCCCGAUCAGCCCGGGGUGCAGCGUGCUGGGUGUCUGGCUUCGCUGAGGUCCAGGCUGCCCCACACACGUGCAGAAAUGCAACUUUAGAGAACUGAAAAACUGAAAAAAGAAACGUGCCUGGCGAGUUAAGGCACCUGUAGGAUUAAGCAGGGCAAUCCCACAGGGGUUUUUGGGGUCACAGCUUUGGACUGAAGAGGGAUUUAGGUUUCACUGUUUUCAGGUCUGGCCUUAAGCCUCUCUCCCAAAUUUUUCCAGCCUGUCAGCAAGGGGCUGAGCAGGAAAGAGGUCUUGGAGAGCCGCUCGCCCCGGUCUGCUGGCCUGCACCGGGGCCAACCCCCUUCCGCAGCCAUCGAGCAGCAUUCCCAUCCUGCGGGGAGCAUGCGGAGCGGGGCAAGGCAGCCCAGGGACUGGGAGUUUGGGGGAAGAAAUCCUGAAAAUGGAGUUGCCUGGCGUUUCACCCAGCUGGCUUUUGAAGUCUUUCAUCCUUGGUUGAAUAGAUGUUGCAUUUCAUGAAGUUUAUCCAUGCUUAGCCUGCAGCCCUCCAAAAAGCAGAAGUCAGUGUUUGAUUUUCAGAAUUAUUAAAGUGGUUAUGGUUAGAAACGUGACCGAAAAGAGGGCACAGAAUGUACUGCACCUAUCAGCCGAUAACUACUUGCCGAGUUUUUUCUGAGUCAUUUGACAAGUUUACUGAGAAAAACAAUUUUCUACUUUUGUCAGCAGCGCUGCAGAGCUGUAGCCGAGUGAGGCAUAUCUCCCCGUGAGCAUCGAGGCUGGCAUGUCUCUUCUGAUUACACUAAUUAGGGGAGAAAGAAGCUGGCCAGAUUUUUGAUGGCUGGGACAGGUCGCAGGCUGCAAGUCACAGCCGGGGAGCAUGUUUCCAUCUCUCACAGCAAACUACGGCUGUGCAGAUGCUCAUGGAAAGAAUGACUGCACGGCGGACGGGUCUGAUUUAGACGCUGGCGUAAAUCUGCCGGUUUCUAGAGGGCUAUUCUGGGCUAGCACUUGUGUAAAUGAGGUUAGAAAGGGACUCUGGAUUUGAUAGUCAGGUGACUGAUUGGCAAUUAAAUCUCCAGUUUUUAAGACUCUGAGAACUAUUUAGAGGUACAGCAGCAGCACUGAUACAGUUAAUAUUUCACAUUAGUAUGCAGCUAUGAUAAGUGUAAGACACUUUAACAAUUUACAUGGCAGCUAAAUGAAACGAGUGAAUGCUAAACAACUGUCCAACUAUUGUUGUGCAUAAAAACCUGGUGGAAACGCUUUCUUCUACCUCCGGCAACAGAAUUACAUUCCUUUGGCAGGAAUGUACUUCUACUGGCAAUCUGAUGUUAAUGUAUGCAUGUGGUCAGUUAUUAACAGCAUGAUUCUUAUUAAGGUCAGUGCAUAGGUGUGUGCUCUCCUGUUGUGCGCCAGUGCUCUCCAGGAACGUGCCGUCUGCUUCGUUAAUCGUUUCGACAAGUCAUUCGUCUGCAUCAGUGCAGUGUUUUCCAGUAUUAUUGAGGUAUUUCUGUAACCAUAGCAGUGAUGCCACUUUUGCCGCCUUCGUGGUGAUGCAAACGAGGCAGCCUGUUUGGCUCGGCGAUGCGGAUGAGACGAUGCGGAUGAGACGUUAGUCACGGCUGGAGUCAGAGCGGCCCGAGGGGCGAGCUGGCUGGUAAGAGGUGGGGCAUCGGGAGGCUUCCUGCAGGGCUGCUUUCCCGCGGGGUGAGCUCACUCGCGGAGGGAAGGGUUUGCGAAAGCAGUGCUCGUGGACUGAUGUCAUUGGAAAAGAGAUGCUGGAAAAGCAUGGGACUGACUCAGAGUUAGAGGGAAACCGAGUUCCCGUUGCAGUGACGACACCUGUGCUGUGUAGGUACAGGCAGGCACGAGCCUGGUGUAGGCCGGGGAGAAGAAACCUUGGGUGCUCAUUCGCGUGCAAGACGGUGAUUUUUUUUUCUAUUAAUCAUUCCACUGUGUUUCUGCGUGGCAGCUAUUUCCCAAGCUGGACAUCGGUGGAAUGAGCCUGCCAGGCCGCCCAGGGAGUGCUCGCAGGCUGGGAGAGGAGGCAGCUCCGGCGCGGGGUCCCGCAUCGCGCCCUCAGCCUGCUGCGCGGGCAGGGGCUGGGGCAGCGCUGGCCCUAACUACUUUUAAUUUGUCCUGUCACAACGUGCUUAUCGUAGUGUCCCAAGGGAGGAGCCUUCCCCAUUAGUGUGACUAGCCAGGGAGGAACCCAGGGGAAAGGACUGCUUCCCCACAGCACAGCCCUUGGUGAGGUCUGCUCCAUGAGAAAGACUUAAUUAUUCUGAGAGAGUGCCUCAGGGAGUCAUUUCCCAUUUUAUUACCUGAUCUUGCCAUCUGUACUGUCAUGCUACCGUGCUUCAGAAAUCCCUAUUUCUUCUUUUCCUCUUCCUUCCCAGAGCGUGUGAGAAAUGGCUUGCUAUUUUCAUGACGUUAUUUUCAUGUUGCUGCAGCUGGCAUGUAGGUGAGAGCCUUCGGUACAUGUGCUGUGCACGCAGGGAGCUUCUUGGGGCAGAAAGUCAAGUCAGGGUGCUUAGUUGCAUCCAGGACUCAGUCCAGUGCAUGCUGAAAUCCCUAGUAAUUUGCCAUUAAUGGACAUACUGGAUCAGACCUUCCCUGAAAAGCAGGGAUGUUCUUACCUCCCAGAGGUCCAACACUUGGCAUAAUCAAACACCAUCUUUGCAUGCUUCAAAAACAAAGAUGAAAACUGCCCAGAUUGUGUCUCCAUAUCUAACAUGCUUAUUCUCUUACUUGCGCUUUGAGGUAAGGGGGGUCCUAUUAUUGCUGCUCUACAAAUGGUCAGUAAAAGGACAGUGAGGCUAAGCGAUGCACCCAAGAUCAUGCAGAAGUCUAACAGAGCAAGACCAUACUUAGCUAUUUCCAGAGGGGUUACAGAAACAACCGAGCUAACCUUGGAGCCAAAAGCACGGUUCAGCGACAUCCUAACUGUCUCCCUGUGAAACAGCCUGGGUCUCGGCAUCGUACUGCCACGUUCACAUGACAGCAUGCCCCAGCUGACAAACCCUCGUUCCCAGGAGAUUCUGCUUCUGAAACUUCAGUAUGAGAAUGUGUCUGCUGUGCUCAAGGACCGAACAUGCGUUCCUGUUCACUUUCUUCUCAGUCGUUAAUACCUGCAGCAGUGUAAGUGUAGCCUGUGCAGCAGCAGUCUCUAGGCAAGAUUCCACUGCUGCUGCAAGGCUGGUAGGCUUUUCAAGAUUGGAGUGAAAUUUCUCUUCCUCUGCAGAAGGAUAACUUUGGACUGUGCAUUAUGAUGACCUAAAUUAUGCACACUCCUGAAAACCUAGUGACUUACUCCGGCCCUGAAGUGGGAGCUGCGGCUUUGCAAAGCCCUCUCCUCUCGUACGUGAGUGUCUCCAGGCUGAGUGCCGGUGAAGCGCAGCAGAUAAGGGUCCACCCCUGAGAAACAAGUCUGAGUCACGCUGCUUUGAUUAGAGCAGCGUACCAUUUUGCCAGAAACCCUCCCACCUUGGGACGUUCACACCGCUCGCUUUCCAUGCGGUGAUGCCGCUCGGCUUCCUGCACCCCAGCGCUCCAGCGUGGAGUCUGGAAAAGCCCUUUUCCAGGAGGGGUUUGGCAGCGCCGCUCCCCGACGGGGGGAGGCCAAGGGUGGUGGAAGGGUGGAUGCAAUCACUGCCCCCAAGCUUGGCGCUCUGGGAGACGUAACUCCUAUGAUGGGCCCUCCUUUUGGUCGCGUCCUUCCUCCUGAAUAAAAGAUGAUAAGGAAAUGCCAAGAUUUCCCGCCUCCAUGUGCUAGAGAAACACCUGUGGGUGAAUGAGUUGGUCCCUUUCACUACGUAAUUAAUUCAGCAAAUUACAAAGGGAAAUAUAUGCUGGGAAAAGAGAGAAAAAUCCCAAAAGUUAAUCCGAGAGUUAUUUCCUCCCUAUGCCUGGAUAAAAACACGUCCUUCACAGCUCUUCAGAUCAGACAGAGAGACAAGUGGAUCUACAUCAGGGGAAAAAAGGUCUCCCAGCCAGCCAGCCAGCACGUUGGAUCUCACAGCAGUAUGAAGGGUUCCCACUUUUUCCUCUGCCUCUUUUCUGUUGUGUGCUGGUUGAAUUUGAUGCUAGCAAAUGGGAACAGAAUCUUCCGCUUUGGACCUUGCAGGAUUUCAAUGAGUGUGAAUGAAAUCAGAUCUGGUUUCACUGCAAUUAAAGCAAAUAUUCAAGCCAGAGACCCCAUCAGGACCGUGAGCAUUUUGUCACACCCACACUCUCUGCACAAGACGAAGUCUUCAGAUAAAUGUUGCAUCAUCCAUCACCUCUUCAACUUCUACAUGGACAGAGUCUUCAAACACUGCACGACUGAGGAUUCUUACAUCAACCGAAAAAUCAGCAGCAUCGCCAACUCUUUCCUCAGCAUCAAGAGGAAGCUUGUGCAGUGUCAUAACCAAAACAAUUGCAAGUGUGGCCAGGAAUCCAUGGAGAAAUUCAAGCAAAUAGUCACCAACUACGAAGGGCUGAAUGUCACAUCUGCAGCAAUUAAAUCCUUAGGUGAGCUGGAUAUCCUACUAGACUGGAUGGAGAAGUCUCGUUAGAGAGCAGACAACGCUAAUCACCCAGCAAGGGGGUGGGUUUGUGAAGCUGCUCGAACACAGCGCACGUGCCAGUGGUAGUCAAGAAAAUAAUGUAGUGUUUCAAAGCUGUUUCUCGCUGAUUGUAGCUGAUGUUUGAUCAAACACUGAGUGUUUUGCUAGCUGGGUAGAUCAUUGGAAACACACUGUCUUGCAUUAAGACAGAAAUACCGGGUUCAAUGAAAUCAGCACAGCACUGGUCUUCUAGCAAAGGACACUCUCCAAGAGAAAAUCUAAAAGGUUUCUCCUGUGUUACUAGCAGACAUAUACUAUGAUAAUUUAAUAGAAUUAUUGUUUAAAUUAUAAACUCUUUGUACAGGACUGUAUAUUCAUGAGUACUGAAUCCCUGGUGGGUGCUGUUAUGAUCUAGUUAAUGCUACAGAACAGCGCUUAUAAAGCCAGGCUCAGUUUUAGGAGACUGCGGCCGCUGGUGUGUUCUGGCUGAAAUUAGCAAGCGUACAGUGUGAGACGUGCUUGCAAGAAUAGCCCCUGGCAGGGAUUUCAAGCCCUAAAACCCGGGAUUUCCUUCUGAAAUGGUGUUUUCUGCCUUAACAGUAAAAGAACCAGUUUUCUAUGCAAGAUAUGUGGUUGUUGAAUAGGAGGAAAAAAAUCUUAUGUGUACUAUGCAAUUUAGUGACACUCAGUAGUACACUUUGUAUAAAUUCACUGCAUUUACUGUAAAUAAACCCAAUUCAAAACUGCUA